CGGGCCAGCAGGGCGCUGCCACACGCCCGGGAGGGUCUGCCCUUGGCCCGGCAUCUCUGGCCCCAGUUCCGUGUCCCCUUCCCCGGUCAUACUCUUGGCUCUCGUCUUCCUCGUCUCCCCCCAAACCUGGCCUGUCGUUCUGCUGCUUGACCUGCCACCCCUGCCCUCCUGUGUGCACACUCUUGGCCUGACCCCUGCUCUGAUGUGCCCCCAGACCCGCCGGGGGCUGUGCCUGAGCGAGGCCAGCCCAGCACCUUUGGGAGGAGCACGGCCCGAGAACGGCCCUCCGCCUCCGCCCGCUUUACGUGGACGUCAGACGAGAAAGGAAGACGGAAGAGCAAAAUCUGAAACAAAGAUCAUGUCACCCUGAGCCAGAACCACGCUGGUGCAGAGCUGUGUGGAUGACAGAGGUGGUGCCGUCCAGCGCCCUCAGCGAGGUCAGCCUGCGCCUCCUCUGCCGCGAUGACAUAGACACCGUGAAGCGUCUGUGUGGAGACUGGUUCCCCAUUGAGUACCCAGACUCAUGGUAUCGGGACAUCACCUCCAACAAGAAGUUCUUCUCCCUGGCCGCCACCUACAGGGGCGCCAUCGUGGGGAUGAUAGUGGCUGAAAUCAAAAGUAGGACCAAGAUACACAAAGAGGAUGGAGAUAUCCUGGCCUCCAGCUUCUCGGUGGACACCCAGGUCGCCUACAUCCUGAGCCUGGGAGUGGUGAAGGAGUUCAGGAAGCACGGCAUAGGCUCCCUCUUGCUGGAGAGCCUGAAGGACCACAUCUCGAGCACGGCGCAGGACCACUGCAAGGCCAUCUACCUGCACGUGCUCACCACCAACAGCUCCGCCAUCAGCUUCUACGAGAACAGGGACUUCCGGCAGCACCACUACCUGCCCUACUACUACUCCAUCCGCGGCGUCCUCAAGGACGGCUUCACCUACGUGCUCUACAUCAACGGGGGCCACCCCCCCUGGACCCUCUUAUAUCCUUCCCUUCUCGGGGCAGAGGUCGGGCUGCAGAGCCCCAGCGCGGCUCCCGGCAGCGGCGGGCACCCCUGGAGCUGGGGCCACUUCCUGUCAUUCUCACAGCCGGCCUCGGGGUGCGAGUCUGUCCUGGCCAGAUGGCGCUGGCUGGCGUUUGUGGAGAGCCGCCGCAGCGCGUGUCCAGAGAGCAGGCUCUGCGCUUGGUGCCGGGUCCCCACCUAGGCUGAGGGCCUGGCUGAACCCUGUGGACCCAUCGUCUGACCACCCACCCACCCUGCAGGCCCUGAGUGCACCUCCUGUUCCAGCCGGGCCCUCAGCAGAUACAGCCGCCCUCGGGCGCACGUGCUGGCAGGGCCACGCAGACAAGGGGGUGAAAGAGCCCCUGGCUGUCCUUGAACACUUGGGUUCGCACCUUCCUGUAGAGACCCCGGGGCCUGUUACCUCCCCCUUAGCUCCCACUGGCCCUAGACUGUGGGAGGAAGGCCAGGAGCCGUCCUCAUGGUUGAGCGUGUGGCUUCCAAACAGCGCGUCGUCUG